GAGUGAGAGAUAGGAACUUGGGUAGUGAGUUUGAAUGAAUAGUACUCUCAUAUGAGCUCCAUUUGUAGUGAGACUCCAGUGUGUGGGGAGAAGGUGAACAGAGAGAGAGCCCAAUAGUGUUCAACAGUUCAUUUUCCAGUGAGUGGCUCAAUUGGACAGUAACUGGCAAGGUAUUCGGUUGUGUGUUCUCCGUGAAUAAAUCCCUCUCGAAGUGACAAUAGACUCCAAUUUACCCCAUAAAUUGUGCCCCCAACAGAUCCCCGAAUUGGACAGUGAAUUAGUGUGAUAACGAAGUAAAGUGUAUUGUGCUAAAAAUUUAUAUUAAUUGGGGGGAUCUUUCUGUGAAAAUUAACACAGCACGUCAUCACGUUCACUUUUGGAUACUCAACAUUUUAGCCACAAACUCAAUUAUUACGAUGAAGCUAGAUUUCUAGGAUCCGGGAGUUGCAGCCGAUCCUGCAUUUUGAAACAACCAUCCGUUGGAGCACCAACAUCAAUUGAAGAUCUCAUUGGCAUGCAGAGACGAAAUAGUGACACAUGAUGAUCCAUCGCAAUCGACAUAGAAGUAAUUGUGAUCCACUAUGGAUCUCACUUUUAGUCAUAGUUCAUUUGAUGGCUGUGUUAGUAAGUGGUGCUACUAUCAAAAGAGAAAUCACAGCAAAUGCAUCAUCUCCGGAGACCACAAGUCAAUCGCCCCAGAGUACAUCGACAGAAACUACCAUGGUCACAAAUGCAGUUUCACCUGAGAACAAAACGGACACACAAACAUCGAAGGUGGACGCCCCAGAGAGUGGCGUUGAGGUGGAAAAGGUGAAAAUUGUCAAUGGAAGUGCAACGGAAGAAUUACCCAACGAAUCAGACAAACCAUUUGCCUUUGACUUGAGCAGGUAUACAUCACCCUAUGGUGAAAAUGCAAUCAGUCCUGCAAAGAUAGACACGGCAGAGAAGCCAGAGAGUGAUAAAAGUGAGAGAUUGGAAGAUGUCGAAGAGAAGGACUAUGAGAAGAUGUUUGAAGAAAUGGUCCUCACAACACCAUCUUCGCCCGAGUUUGAUGAACUUCACAAAAUCUAUCGGUCAGAUAAGGUGCCUGAUGGGCUAGAUCGCGAAAAUCGUAAAGAUCGGGAUGGAAGUGAAGAAGAAAGUGUGGCGGGUACAACGGAAAGCAAUUAUUUGGCUAAUCUGGUGUUGAGCGCCACUGAAGCGAGUAAUAAUGAGACUAGCGAAAAAAAUUCAUCUCUCUACUACAACAAUGGGGAAAUAGAGACCAAAAACUACGACAUUACUACAAAUGAGCUUAAGAAAACCAAUGAAAAUGUGACGAAUGAAAGUGGCGAAAAGCGGGCCAAAUACCUAAGACCAACAAAUCAACAUCGUGCAGCAAUAAUCAGUGCUGAGGGCCAUGAUGUAGUUCCCACCGAAGAAUCAGAUAUGAAUCUCAACAUUCCCAAUACAGCGGAAGUUUGGGCCUUGGCUGGGAUGAAGAGUGUGGAACAUAUGAAGAGCAAAUUCAAUCAGUUUGCCAAUAAAACAUCCGAGAACCUUAGUGAUGGGAAUGGCGUCAAUACCACCUCAGCCACAAAAUUACUCGCUGACUGGACAGAAAUAAUGAAGAAUAACGAAUUCAGCAAUAGUUCAGUGUCCAGUGGUGAUAUGGAGGAAAAGACGAUGAGCAAUAAGAGUGAAACGACACCGGAACAGAUGAUGGGUGAGAACAAUGUGAUUUCGGUGUUGAUGACUACAAAACAACCUGAAGAUACAGCUACAGAGAUCCCUGAAAAUACUGUGAGCAGAGCCACUACUGAUGGUCAAGAGAUGAUCUCUGUGGAGGCCACCAAAGAAAGUCCAAGUGAGACAAUGGGCGAUUUAGAAAAAUCCCGCCGAAUACUGAAUUAUGAUUUAGUGGAUUCGCAAGAAGAUAAUGUGAAUAGCAGUGAAAAGAGUGAAAGUGUCCAGUUUACAACAGACAGCGCAAUUGAGACAUCUACCCAAAAUAUCCCAUCUACAGUGGCUGAAAGUGAAGAUUCAGCUACAACCACAGCUCUCUAUACCGAUGAUGGAAGUACAGAUGUUGAAUAUGUCACAAAUCACAUUACAAAUCCUAUGACCACAAUUUCAUCCAGCAGCACAAUUGAUGAUGGUGAAGGGAGUACCACGAGUUCAGAACCAACAGCAUCUGCUGAAAUUUCUAGCGAAGAUCUCAAAACCACAACAAAAGCUGCUCAACUAAUAAAUGAAGACACAACAAUUUCCAAUGCAAUACCCACACUCAGUCCCACAGUCACUGAACAAUCCGACAUCAAUCAAUCCACCACAACUGAAGACACCUCAGACAUCUCAGACAAUGCAGCAAAAACAGAUCGAGUCAAUGAGACAAAGGUGGAAAAUGUGAUGACCACGGACAAAGGUAUCGAAACAACGGAAAGUUCAACGGAACUGAGUGACCAGCUAAAGUCCACUGAAGAUCUCAAUGAGGUGAAAUAUCUACCCUUUCCCACAUCCCAUCGAAAUCUCGGGAAUUUCUCCGAUGAACCACUACUUUUCGAUUCAACGGCCAGCAGUGAUGAACAGAAGCUGACAACUAUUGCUCCCCCUCAAGAUUUGGAUGGAGGCCAGACAAUGCCAGAAGAAGGCACUGACGUUAACACCAUAAUUGCAGCUACAGUUAGCGUAAUUGUAGUUAUUGGUGUGGUGGCUAUUGUAGGAUUUUUGUACAUGCUCCGGAAGAGACAGAAACAACUGACUUAUGGACAAAGAUGCAGACCAGUGGGUUUAGAUGCCUACAGUCUGGAUAAUGUGUCAGUGUACAAUAGUGUCCGGAGGAAGGGGAACAACCUUCGUCUCUCCAAGAGGUCCUAUGGCAAUUCAGCUUUUGAAGAUCCGGGUCUAAGAUGCAAUUUACUGACCAUAUUAGCCCUCGAUACAUUCGUCCAGGAUAAAGAUAAAAUUUAUGAGGAAUUUAAGGAAAUACCUCUCGUAACAGCUCGAGUUGAUGAGGUUCCUCAGGGAUGCGAAGACAAAAAUAGGUACGCCAACGUGGUCCCUCUCCCAGAAACCCGAGUGCACCUCAAACAACUCAAUGGAGACGAAAAGACCGAGUACAUCAAUGCUAAUUUCGUGAAAGGACCUAAAGAUCAAAAGAACUACUACAUAGCCUGUCAAGCUCCAAUGGACAACACGAUCAUUGACUUCUGGCGAAUGAUUUGGGAGCAAAGCUCACGAGUGAUCAUCAUGGCAACAGAUUUGACGGAGAAUGGCAUCGAAAAGUGUGCAGAAUACUUGCCCCCAUCUUCUGUGCUGGAUUGCAAUAGGAUUUUUGGAGAUUUCCAUGUGACACUGAAGAAUCGAGAGGUCAAGGACAAAUAUGCCGUGUCAACUAUCCACCUCAAAAACUCAUCAACCAAGACUUGGCGGGAGAUUAUGCAUUUCUGGUAUCAGUGGCCAGAGAGUGGAAUGCCAACGGAUGAAUCGAGUGUAAUAGCAAUGUUGCUGGAAGCUAGAACAUCUCUGAAGACACCUCUGCCGGAACAAAGCGAGGACAUUCCAAGUGAUACGAUCGAGGAAACAAAGUCUAAUGGAACUAAUGCAGAAGUUGCGGACAAAAGUAAAUCACUUCAGAGAACUCAAGGACCCCUGACUGUUCACUGUUCACCUGGCACUGGCCGAACAGGCACACUAAUUGCCUGUGAUAUAGCUUUAAGGACACUUGAAGCCCCUGCGAGAUCAGUCGAUCUCCCCCAGAUUGUCUACUACGUGCGUCGUGGUCGAGCCAGUGCGAUCCGGACGCAGGAUCAGUAUGAAUUUAUCUAUCGAGUGGCAAAUGCCUAUGCAACAAAACUCACGAGUCCUGCCCAAGAAAACUGAGUCACACGCCUUCAAUUAAUAAGAAAAAAAAACUUUUUCAUGUGAUAAUCCAGCAAACUUUAGGAGAGAAUGUUCUAAAUAUUUUUUUUUAGAGAUUAUUGCAAUGAAUUCUCGCUGUGUAGCAAAAUACUGAGGCCUUAGGUCAUUGUGUUACUAUUCCAUAAAGUAAUAAAGAAAAAUGUUAUAAAUAUCGUUUCUCGUCUUCUGACGCGUUUAAGUCCAAUUGGAGUUUUUGUUUAGAUAUUUAGAAAAAUAAAUUGUAAAUAUUUUAAGUGUCCAUUCCAAUAUAAAACAAACACUCAUUUAGCAAAAUUUUGUAAAUAAAAAAUAAACUUAUUAUUAGUGAACAGGGAAUAUCUCCCUGUUUGUUUUUUUUUGGACACAUUUAGAGGAAAAAUGUUUUCCAUAUUGCAAAGAUUGAAGAACAAUUCAGCAAUCUCUUCCACGCAGCAAAUUUUUGAGGAGAAUGUAUCAAAAAAUACUAUAUAUAUAUUUCUGAAUCACUAUUAUAUUGUUGCAUAAUGUAAUUAUACUACGUGGUAAAGACUUUGUACAUGAGAUAGAGUAUAAAGAGUAGAAAAGAAAAACGAACAAA